AUGAAAUUCGGUUUAACGGGUCUCUUGUUGUCGGCCUGGGGGGUGGAAGAAGACUGUUUGAAGCUUCCAGUUCGGUUAUGGUUGCAUCAAGACGCUACGGGAUCUUACACGAAACUGGUGAGCGAUCCUCAUGCGUACGCGACACAGUUGUUGGAUGCUUUGAAUGAGAAGUUGGAGGACUUUGAUUUUGGCGGUUCGUUGUUCCGUGAUCGCCUUUGCGAGAAACAGGGUGGUUGUUUCAAUCAAGGCGUGACGUUUGGUGGUUCGUACAGCAGUAAAGUGUCUGAGUUUGCGGAAUUUAUGAAGGGGCAGAUCUUCGCCGGAGGUGGCGAUGCACCGGAGGAUACCUUGUCUGCGAUACCUUACGUUGCUAAGCAGCACUUCGGCAGCUUGGAUGGGGAGCAGAUCCGUAUUUUUCUGAUUGUCACGGACUACAAAGGCAAGUACCAUGGGCAGCCGAAUGAGGGCGACAUGUACUCCUACGAGUCCGACUCGGCAGUGGAGAACCCGGACCCGGAGUCAGCAGUAUCGUGCGACGAGGAUGUGUGGUACCCGACCGUGGAACAGCUCUCCAAGAGUAUUGCCACGUACCGACUGGUACCUGUCGUCGUCGCCGCUGGCAAAUCUGGAGACUGGUGGCGAAAGUUUUUCGUAGAACAACUCGGCCUCUCGGAGAGCACCGGGGAGUUUGCCGUGUACCCAGUGAGUAACACCGUCGAGUCCAUUGCGGAAGGAGUGAUCAACAGCGUCAACGACGUCAGCUGCAUUGUAGUUAGCACCUCCACCACGGCGGCCCCCACGCCCACCACUGCGACUGCCACCACUGCGACUGCCACCACUGCCACUGCCACCACUGCCACUGCCACCACUGCCACUGCCACCACUGCGACUGCGACUGCAACGAGCACGACUGCCGGGGACCACAAGAAGAAGAACGCUGUCAUUGCCGCAUCCGCCGCAGCGGGAGCGGCUGCAGCCUUGGCUGCGGUGGGAGCCGCCUACCGGCUCAGAGGGGGUCCGCCUGAGCUCGACGUCGAGGAGGAGGCGGCCGCCGCCGAGGAGGGCGCAGGGGGCCAGAGAGAGUCUAUCAUUGCAAUGGAGGAAGAUGAGUAUAUUUGA